CGUUGCCAUGACGUUACGCCCCAAAAUGGCGGACAAAACAUCUUCGAAAGAAGAGCUCGACAAGUUUCUUCAAAAUGUGGACGAUAUCCAGUCCAUUAUCAAAGGCAUGGCAUCAGGAGAUGCAGAAGCCCAGCAGAAGGCUUGUCAGGCGGCGGACGAGAAACUUGGGAAGAUCGGGAAGACACCAGUGGACAACACCGGGGUGAACCGGACAGUCAUCAACCAGAGAGCCUUCAACGAGAUGGACACAGAACAGCAGCAGCCUGCAACUCCAGGGGAAAUGGGACAAGAAGCCUUCAUGGACUUUAUUGAGAAGGAUGCAGCUGAAAGAGCAGCGAGGAAGAAGGAACAGCGGAAGGAGGCGACGGUUCUUAAGGAUCAGGGCAAUGCAGCAUUCAAGUCAGGAGACUUCCAGACCGCUGUAGACUUCUACACACAAGGCCUGGAGAAACUCAAGGACUUUAAGGAACUCUGGACUAACAGGGCUCAGGCAUACAUCAAGCUAGGACAGUAUGAUGAGGCUCUCUCAGACUGUGAUUGGGCAAUUAGGGUGAGUAAAUUUACAUAUAUUAUGCAUGAUACUGAGAACAUAUGUGAUGAGAAGUAUGUGAAGGCUUACAUCCACAAGGGCAGGGCACUUGUAGCCAAGAAAGAGUUUGACAAGGCUUUGGAGACAUACCAAGAGGCACUGAAGAUAGAUCCAAAGCAAGAAAAAACUGUGAAUGCUUACAUCAAAGACUUGAAGACAGUUCGAGCAGUAGAGGAGGAAGAGGAGAAGGCGAGAGGACUGGUGGAAAGUGGGGACCAGGAGGCAGAGGGGGUGGUAGAACUGAUCAGGAGAAUCAAACAGCCGAACAAGCCGGUUAUCUUCUACGCAGGAGGACUGAAGGUAUUGACCAUGUUCCUCAAGGACUGCACAGAAGACAAACAUUCAGCUCAGACACUUUUCCGCACAUGUGGGGGAUUCGAGCUGAUUUCUGAUGUUCCAGUCAUUGCAAGGUGCAUGAAUGCUCCAGCAAGUCUUACUAAAGAAGAGGUUGACAUGUGUGAAUCGUUACUGAAGCUGUACAGAGAGGCGAACAAGAACAACGGUAAGACAGGACAUCACCAAAUAAAAAAAAAACACCCCCUGCUGUUUUCCAGGCUGAUGCAGGGUUUGCUGAAGUUCAUGAACAUCGGCUCCUCUCUGUCUGCAGCCAACGCUGUCGGCACACUCAACAACCUCGCCAUCGAUAAAAAGUUUCUGAUGCAGUUCAGAGACAGUUUUGAGGAGACCGUUCUGCCAGCCUUUGAGAACAUCAUGACCAGAUGUUCUGAGAUCAGUGUGACAGUUCUACCCAGCUGUGUGUCUAUGGUCAGUAACAUGGCAGUGGACCCUGUACUCAGGAGAUUGAUGUCUGCAAGGGCUCAACUCUGGGGGGCCUGCCUACAGGCUAUGGAGUCUGCAAGGGCUCAGCUCUGGGAGGCCUGUCUACAGGCUAUGGACGUGUGCCUGUCCGACCAGACUAAGUAUGACGAGGUUUUGGAGGCCAUGACUGGUCUGAUGGUCAACCUCACACUCAAACCUUCUGCUGUUACACAGGAAACUGUAGUAGCUGUAGCCACUGUGUCCAAGACCCAAGGCCUGCUGGACAGCCCUAACACAACCAUAGUUCAGAGGACAGCAGGUAUUUUGAGUCACAUCCUCCCCCUGUCAGAUGAGAGUGUGAAAGUUUGCCAGAACACAGCACCCAUCAGACUCUUCAGACUGCUCAAGGACCCUGAACUCCAGACUGUGAAGUACGCCAUGAAGGCCCUGGCAGCCUGUACUAAAGACAGCGACGCAGCAAGGAAAACUGUCAUACAGCAGGACAACAACAUUGAAACCCUGAGAAGUCUUCUAAAGGCAGAAGACGAGACACUCCAAGCAAACAGUUCCCUGUGUAUCGGCCACCUUCUGAACGACAAAGCCCUGUGCCAGAGUCUUUAUGGUACAGACAUUGUCAUGGAGCUUUUGAAGCACGUGGCAGACCACAGGAACUCUGUAGUGCAGCAGAACUGUGCCAUCGCACUGGCUACACUGGUACAGGAGGAUAGAAGACACAUUGACAGAUUACGAGAGCUGGAUGGCCUGGGAAUUCUCCACGACUGCAUGAAACUUUUCAACUAGGGAUGUUUUUCUACUCAACUUUUUGUACUGUAGAAUUUUUCUAUAUGAAGGUGCCUUAUACAUGUAGAUAAUAUAAUAAUGUAGUGUGGAGGUGUGAAUGGUUAUCGUUUGUAUCAAGAUGGUUUGAUAAUCAGUGUGUGGUAAUUUUUAUUAUGAUUAUUGUCUAAUUAUUUUAAUUAUUUUGCAAUGUAUAGUAGU